AUGGCAACUUCUAGAGGUCGUCUUCCGUUGUACCGGCAGCCAUGCCGACGCUCCGCGCUUUUACGACUCCUUGCCGCGCUCCUCCCCACACUUGCGCUCCUCGCGCAAUCCUCCGCCUUCCAUUCUUCCGCCCGAUCGCGGAAAGCCGCGCACUGGCCCGGCCGAUCGCUUGCCGGCAACAACUUGGCGCGCCACACUGCCCCCAGACCAGAAGACGUGAUACCCUCGGAUUUCGGGGGUAGAUUCAGGGAUCCCCAUGGGCCCCUCGCUACAAUGGCGUCUGCGAUCACCCCUCAGGAUGUCGAGAUCGCUCGCGCUGUUAAGCCUCCCGCGCAGAAUUCCCCGGCACCGCAACCUUCCGCUUCCCCCAAGAAGACUCCCCCCGGGAACCUUGAAACGACGCGGGCCGCAAGCGGAACGAGCGCGAGCGGAAGCACCGGGGCCAGCGGAAGCACGGGGGGAACAGGGGGAACUGUGUCGAGUGGCGGAACUGGUAGCAGUGCGGGAAAUACCAGCGGGAGCAGUACUAGCAGUUCCGGGGCAACCGCGAGCAGCAGCAACAGCACGGGUUCAUCGGGUAACACGAGCACCACGGGCAGCACAAAGAGCUCGGGCAGCAGCACGAACAGCACGGGCAGCACGGGCAGCACGGGCAGCAGCAGCUCCAACAGUACUGGAACUGGCAGCGGCAGCGGCGGUGGUAACUCGACCAGCGGCGCGAGAAGCGGGAGCAGCGGGGGAAAUUCCACCAGCGGAACCGGGAGCGGGGGCGGAACCGGGAGCGGAGGCGGAACCGGGAGCGGAGGCGGAACCGGGAGCGGAGGCGGAACCGGGAGCGGAGGCGGAACCGGGAGCGGAGGCGGAACCGGGAGCGGAGGCGGAACCGGGAGCGGAGGCGGAACCGGGAGCGGAGGCGGAACCGGGAGCGGAGGCGGAACCGGGAGCGGAGGCGGAACCGGGAGCGGAGGCGGAACCGGGAGCGGAGGCGGAACCGGGAGCGGAGGCGGAACCGGAAGCGGAGGCGGAACUGGAACCGGGGGCGGAAGUGGCAAUUCAACGGACAAGCCAUUCGUGUGGACGAUCCCGCCGCGCAGGAAGGUGCCGGGAGUGGAUAAGUCGUUCGACAAGUACUUCAAGUUCCCCGACUGGUGCAAGGAGAGCAACUGCCGCAAGGACAACAACGGGACUGUCACGCUCUCCGCCACCAACCAGUCCGUUGGAGUGUUCUACUCCAAGGACUACUACAAGUAUGGAGUCUACAGCCUGCGCAUGAAGCUGCCGAGCAACUACUCGGGCGGCAUCAUCCCGUGCUUCUACCUCAUCUCGCCGGGCCCACAAGGCUACACAGACAUUCACGACGAGAUCGACUUUGAGUUCAUCGGCGGGGAGAACCCCAUGGAUAUCACCAUCCAUACGAAUUUGAUCACAGGCGGGCAGGUCAAGCUGGAGCAGUUCAAAUUCCCGUUCGACCCGGCCGCGGAUUUCCACACGUACUCGCUAGUGUACUCUCCAAUGUAUAUCAUGUGGAUGGUUGACGACUAUCCGAUACGGAUCACCGUCAACGAGACCGGCCAUCCGUUCCCAACGCUCCCCAUGGAAUUCAAGGCUUCGAUAUGGGACUCCUCGUCGUGGAGCUGGCUCAAGGCGAACUACAGCAACGGCCCAAUUCAAGCGCAGUACCGCGAGUUUGACUUCUCCCGCUCCUGCCAGAUGCCUCAAGACCUCUCUGAACCGCCCUGUCUGCGCCUUCGCUCGUCCAAGCAUGCCCCGUGGCUGUCCAAAAUGACUCUGCCACAGCUCAGAAAGGAGAGGGCGUUUAAAAAGUUUUACACCAAGAAGAUUUACGACUGGUCUGAGGCCAACACGCCAUUCGCGAGCACACCUUGCGCCAGCAGCGCAAACGGCGGGGCUCAUUCCCGUAGCUACUCCUCUGCUGGUGACGUGGCGGAUGCUGACGUGUCACCGGGGGAACAGGCGGGGCGGAAGGCGGCGGCGGAGCUGCAGGUGCUGGGGGUGGUGGGCGCGGGGCAGAUGGGGAGCGGAAUCGCGCAGCUGGGAGCCAUGGCGGGGAUGCGAGUGGUGGUGGCGGACACGAGUCGAGCAGCACUGGAUGCAUCCAUGGCGGGGAUGCGAGUGGUGGUGGCGGACACGAGUCUAGCAGCGCUGGAUCACUGCAUCGGCGGCAUCAAGCACUCCCUGGGGCGCCUUGUUAGCAAGGGGCGACUUGAUGAGGUUGGUGGGUUGUGGGGAGGGGAAUGGGAGGGAGGCAGGGGGACAUGGGGACAUGGGGCAUGUCUGCAUGCAUGGGCGGCCCUGGGGCCCCUUGUUAGCAAAGGGCGGUUGGAUGAGGUGGGUGGGCAGGGGGAAGGCAGGGGGAAGGCAGGGGGAAGGCAGGGGGACAUGGGGUCGUGGAUGGCCGGCAUGAAGCACUCGCUGGGGCGCCUGCACACCACCCCAGAGCUGACUCCUUUGGAGCAGUCAGGCUUGGCAGCACCACCAGCGGCAACACUAACCCGGAUUCGCACCACCCCAGAGCCGAGUCCGUUGGAGCAGGCAGACUUGUUUGUGGAGGCCAGCAGCCCCAGCGAGCCAUGGGGGAGAGCGAGCCAUGGGGGAGAGCGAGCGGUGGCAGUGAGAGACAGUGCGGUGGUGAAACACGUUCUUCCCUUCCAACAGCUCUCAUAUGUGAACGCCCAAAAGUUCUCAUACGCAGCAGCAGCGGCAACACUAACCCGGAUCCGCACAACCCCAGAGCUGACUCCUUUGGAGCAGGCAGACUUUAUAGUUGAGGCGGUAGCAGAGAGCGAGGCGGUGAAGCGCAACGUGAUUGGCCGGCUGGACGGCAUCGCCCCGCACCACGCGGUGCUCGCGAGCAACACCUCCUCCAUCUCCAUCACCCGCCUUGCUGCUGCCACUAGCCGACCCGAUCAGCAUUGCCCCGCACCACGCUGUGCUGCCCAGCAACACUUCCUCCAUCUCAAUCACCCACCUUGCCGCUGCCACCAGCCGACCCGAUCAGCGCUGGCGAGCAACACGUCGUCCAUCUCCAUCACCCGCCUUGCUGCUGCCACCAGUCGACCUGAUCAGGUGAUCGGCAUGCAUUUCCUGAACCCACCUGUCAUCAUGUCGCUCAUUGAGGUGGUGAUCGGAAUGCAUUUCAUGAACCCACCUGUCAUCAUGUCAUUGGUGGAGGUGGUGCCAGGGCUUGCCACGUCAGACCACACGCUGCACCUCACCAAGGGCCUCGCGCACAGGUGGGGGGGAUUGGUGUGGAUGGGGAUAGGGGAUGGGCGCAUAGGUGGGUGGGUGGGAUGGGUGCACUGGCGGGGGGAGGAUGGGGAUGGGUGCACAGUUGGGAAGGAGAGUGGGUAUGCACGGUGGUUCGGGAAGGCGGUGUGUGAGGCGCGGGACUACCCGGGGUUCAUAGUGAAUCGCCUGCUCAUGCCCAUGAUCAACGAGGCCUUCUAUGCCCUUUUAGAAGGGGUCGGCACUGCACAGGACAUUGAUAGGGGCAUGAAGCUGGGCACUAAUCAGCCCAUGGGACCGCUACAUCUAGCCGACCUGAUAGGGCUGGACACCUGCGUGGCCAUCAUGCGAGUGUUGCAUGCGGGAUUGGGAGACGCCAAGUACCGCCCGUGCCCGCUGCUCGUGCAGUAUGUUGAUGCCGGGUGGCUGGGUCGCAAGAGUGGGCGCGGCGUGUAUGAGUAUCCAAAACAGGAGGAAGGGAAGAGGGAAGGGGAAGUGGAGGGGGAGGGUGGGGGGAAGACGGUGAGAGGGAGACAGCUGGCGGGUAGACGGACUGCGCACUAG